GGACUCACCACGCUUCCAUCUCAUUUAAACUUCGAGCCCGGCCGGAGACUGACACAACACUGACACAACAAUAGCCAAACCUGAUGAAAGAUAGUCAGUCCACUUCUUUUGGUUUCCCCUAAGCACUACUACUUAUUUCAGCGGGCUUGAGCCUGAAUGCAAACCGACCGGUGACGCCGUACAUUUUCGCCUCACGUCUCUGAGCAUCGCGCUUCUACAAUGGCGUCCAUCGAAUCGGCAGCAUCGCCGUUGAUAUCAGACUCAACUUCGGUGGGGUCGACGCAAGAUCAGCAUGAACCGACCACACCAUUCACCACUGUACAAGAUCUUUUUGAGGCGAUCGAUCGCGCAACUGGGGACCUUCUCGUUUUCACAGGCGUCUCUCCGAGCGACUAUCUCGAAAUUGAGCAUGAGCGAAAGAGGCGACGUCGCAAAAUCCGCUUCCGCCGCUACGAUAGCAGUCGUCGGAUCCUGUUCAUUACGAUCCCAACUCGCCUCCACGAAGCCCUCCAUGUCAACAUUUACGAAGCUUUUCGUGACCAGCUUGUCCGAAGUGGGAAAGCGGAUAGUUGGGAUACGAUUGCCUCGACCACAUUUCGAGCAAUAUGUGGUCAUCCUGGAGGAGGUGGAGGAGUAGAUGAGGGGGAAGGAGACUCUACUGGCGGCCCGGACCCGGAACGUGCUGGGAAAGAUGACUGGCCAACACUUGUUAUCGAAGCAAGCGUCUCCGGGUCAUUGGCGGGAUUGCGGGACGAUAUGAAAUGGUGGUUUUCCGCGUCCAAUCACCAGGUGCAGAUUGUUCUCCUCGUCAAGUUUGAACGUGCUCGCCGCACAAUCACCGUGGAGAAGUGGGAGGAAGCAGAAGCACCACCCUCCGGUCCUCGUCCUGGAGCGACGACGACACGAAAUGCCGCUGCUCUUCGGCCAGUGCUCCGACAGACCAUCACCAUCGCUCAGGACCCUACAACCAACCCGGUGUCAUACAAUGUUACUAGUGGUUCAUUGGUGCUGGGGUUCAGGCUCCUGUUCCUUCGAGAUCCGGGCCCCGGAGAGGGAGAUUUUGUGCUGAGCGUUCAAGAGCUGGAGGACUACGCGAGGAGAGUAUGGAGGAAAGUGUAUGAUUAGCAUGAUUGCUCAUAACUACCUAGGUAGGUAUGCGAGAAACCACAGAAUUACUAUAUCACCGGGCUUCACUGGCAAAACGGGACGUUUUUACCCUGAGCUCAAGUCGCCCAAUAAUCUGUUGACCGAACCCCGGUUCCCCUUCGGCGAUGGGUACUGUAACCUUAACUUAGCUACCUCAGGUAAGGUACCUCCUUGGGACCUGACCUAUCCGCACCCACCCCAAGUUACACUCAAAUCGAAAUCGGAAAACAAGGGCUCCCCCAAACCCAAGCCGCUGCAAAGAAAGUCUCGAAAAAACCAGAGUUUCAUUGUCCAUCCUGUCUCUUGCCCGCCCAAAACAGAAUCUUGGCACAACUCGACGCACAACACCACACAACCCCUGACCUAGUGUACUACCAGAGGAGAACCCAUCAACA